AUGUUACACUCCUCCUACCCCGGUUACCUCGCCAGUUUCAGACAUGUUUUCAACUGGACUUAUACAUAUAGGCUGGAUUCUGACUUUCUGAAUUCUUACAGUAAAGUAGUUCGCCGACGACGCCCUCACUUGUAUCCUGUGUACCAUAACUACGCUGCAGGGAAACGCAAAUUAGCUGCUUGGUUCGUCUCCAACUGCAGUCUUUCGAGUGGCAGAGACGUAGUUGCCAAGAAGCUACAAGAAUGGAUACAAGUAGACGUCUACGGGAAAUGUGGUCCCCUGAAGUGCAAACAGCAUGCCUUGUGUAUGAAAAUGCUUGAGAACAGAUGCAAAUUCUAUCUCUCUUUCGAGAAUUCGCUUUGUCUCGAUUACGUCACGGAGAAAUUCUUCAAAAUUCUGAAGUAA